GUGGGUCCGGCAGUCAGCAGUCAGUCUUCAGUGUCGAGCCGGCGAAUGUGAAUCGCGAUGGUCGGGCCGCCGGGCGUCCUUACCGCCGAGCAGCCGGGCUUCCUCAGGUUGCCCCUGGACAAGGAGCAGCAGCUGAUCACCGACGAACCCCUCGAAUCGUCCUACCACGUCGAAGAGGAACCCUUUGCCAGGGGUAAAUUUGCAGCCGUACGGAGAUGUGUGGAUCGGCAGAGCAAAAAGACGCUGGCUGCCAAGUUCCUGAAGAAGGGCCGCGGUGGCACCCUUAGGCCGGAAAUCCUGCACGAGGCGGCGGUGCUGCAGGCGUGUUCUGCGUGUCCACGCAUCGCCCAGCUCGAGAGGGUUUACGAGUCGGACGCGGAAAUGGUGCUCCUCCUAGAAAUGGUUUCUGGCGGCGAACUGCAGAGUUUGUUAGACAGAGACGAAAUGCUGGAGGAGCGACACGUCGCGCGGCUGAUGGCCCAAAUCCUGGAAGGAAUCGCCUUUCUGCACUCGAUAAACGUCGCACAUCUUGACAUCAAGCCCCAAAACUUGGUGCUCACGGGUGAAUGGCCGACGUGCGACGUCAAACUGUGCGAUCUGGGCAUCUCUCGGUAUGUGGGCCAAGGAGCGGACGUCAGAGAAAUCCUGGGGACGCCUGACUAUGUCGCUCCAGAGGUGCUCAACUACGAGCCCAUUAGUCUGGCGACUGACAUGUGGUCAGUGGGGGUGCUGCUGUACGCCCUGCUAACGGGAUACUCGCCGUUCGGAGGAGACACAAAGCAAGAGACCUUCUGCAACAUCGCUCACUGCCAAGUUGACUUCCCAGAAGAUCUUUUUGAGGAUGUCUCCCUCGAGGCGCAAGACCUCAUUGCCAAGCUUCUUGUUAGGGAUCCCAGCAAACGCCUGACCGCGUCAGAGUGCCUCGAGCACCGCUGGUUCUCCCUGUUCAGUUCGGUGCCAUGCGAGCCGCUGCGCGAGCCGCCCCCACUGCCGUCGUGCGCUCCGCCACCGCUGCCGGAGACGCCGCCGCCGCCGCUGCCCGCGUCGGCGCCGCCGGACGCCGUGUACCGCGUGCGGCGGUGCUUCGUGUUGGACGAGUGCGACGACAGCGCCACCAGCGACUCGGUGUCCGACAUGUCGAUUGACUCGGACAGCGUCGUCUCGUUGGACGAGGAGCCGUGCAGCUGGGACAACGUCAGGCUCUUCCGCCAGCAGCUGCUGCAGCAGGCGCGCAGUCCGUCGGGCGUGCGUCAGCCGGGCGCUUUUGCGCGUGCGCUCAGCGUGUUCAGCGGCGGCGAGACGCACGACCAGUCGCGUCGCCGCGUCGAGCUCAGCCGCGAGGGCAGCGUCGUGGUGAUGCGCGAGCGCCAGGAUGGCGGCGCGUGGCGCGUCAGCCGCAUGGAGCCCAUCGAAUCGCGCAUGCGCAGACUGACCAGUGCGUGAAUACCGCGCACGCGUGCUGUGUGUGCAGAAUAUACUGUGAUUUUUCUCGUUUCUCUCCUGAAAUGCGGACUGCGCGUGCGCGCCGCCCGCCAGGCGACGCGUGCGCCACUUUUUCUUAGUCAAUCCAAGUUAUUUUGUAAUUUUAUAAUAUAUUGAGAAUGAGUGUGUGUGCGACGGGUAUGAACGUGGAGCUGGGGCUCUUCAUCUUAUUAUUGCAUCAUAAGAUGUCCAUUUGAUCUGUGUAAUUUAUUUCCUCUGAUUUAUAUUAAAUGUUGUCAAAACAUGAUCAUUCGCCUUUGUGAAUUUGUCGAAUUUGUGGCUCCUAAUAAAAGUAAUAGCCGGUAGGAUAUUAUAUGAUUUUAA